AUGGCGAAGGAUUGUACGCGGAGACCCGACGCGACCCAACCUACGAACGGGCAGCAGGAUAUAUUAGUACAGGGCGCCUUGUCUCUCGUCUUGGGGGUUUCUGCUUUCAUUGGUUUCUGCUUUCUAAGACCAAGAUGGAAAACUCUCUAUGCCGCGAGGAAGCGCCAGUUGCAUGCCGCUGAAGCCUUGCCUGAGCUUCCGGAUAGCUUUCUGGGAUGGAUGCCAGUGCUGUACAAAGUUACAGAAGAGCAGGUCCUGGCUUCUGCAGGACUUGACGCCUAUGUUUUCUUGUCCUUUUUCAAGAUGUCCAUCAAACUUUUCGGGGUCAUGUUUCUCAUCACUUGCGGUAUCCUUGCCCCAAUAAACAAGCGAUAUUCCAAACUUGUAACACCGCGCCUUCCUCACGAAUUAUACCAGGGGGCCCUUUGGCGGCCGGCACAAUUAUAUAUGGAGGAUGGGAAAAGCUUUGAUCAGGAUGGGUCUGCUGCCUUGAACAGAAAAGACGAGGAAAACCACCACUAUUUGUGGGCAUACCUUGUUUUCACCUACUUCUUUACUGGACUUGCGUUGUACUUUAUUACUCGGCAGACUCAGCGCAUCAUUCGUGUUAGGCAAGACUAUCUUGGAAGCCAAUCAACGAUUACAGAUCGAACAAUUCAGCUUUCCGGAAUCCCCAAGGAAUUAAGAUCGGAGGAUAAUAUUAAGGAGUUCCUGGAAAAGCUUGAGAUUGGGAAGGUCGAAAAUGUGACGCUUUGUCGUGACUGGAAGGCUCUGGAUGAUUUGUUGGAUCGACGAGCUUAUGUCUUGAGAAGUCUAGAGGAGGCCUGGACUGUCCACAUUGGUCGGAAAACCACCCAGUCGCCCAUGCCACGGCCAGAGCCAAAUUCUGAGGACACUGAGGAUGGAGAAGAGCACCGUGAGCGAGACAACUUGCUUGGCGCUCACAUCAUGGCAUACGAACAACCUCGACCUACUACACGCAUCUGGUACGGAUUGCUGAGGUUGCAGAGCCGAAAAGUGGAUGCUAUCGACUAUUAUGAAGAAGAGCUUCGAAAGUUGGACGACAAAAUUACCGACGCCAGAAAGAAAGAGUAUAAAGCAACACCUGUCGCUUUUGUCACCAUGGACUCGAUUCCUGCUUGCCAAAUGGCUGUCCAAGCUCUCCUAGAUCCAGAACCUAUGCAACUCCAAGCUAAACUAGCUCCAGCACCUACUGAUAUUGUGUGGCCAAACACUUAUCUGCCUCGGUCGAGCCGAAUGCUGCGGUCUUGGACCAUAACAGUAUUCAUUCUACUGCUCACCAUUUUCUGGUUAAUACCAGUUGCUGCUUUGGCAGGACUGCUAGAUCUGUGCUCCAUUCAACAAGUAUGGAAGGGGCUCGCCGAUGUACUCGAAAGUCAUUCCACGAUCAAGUCGUUGGUGCAGACAGGACUACCUACGUUGGUUGUUUCUUUACUCAAUGUUGCUGUCCCGUUCCUAUACGAUUAUUUGGCAAACCUGCAAGGAAUGAUUUCCCAAGGCGACGUUGAGUUGUCAGUAAUUUCAAAAAACUUCUUUUUCACGUUUUUUAACGUGUUCUUGGUCUUUACGAUUUUUGGUACUGCCAGUCGUUUCUGGCCUGCACUCCAAGAGUUUUCGAGGGAUACAACACAACUUGCAUACACUCUAGCCAACUCUGUACAGUCUCUAGGCAACUUCUAUACCAAUUUUAUUCUACUCCAGAGUGUUGGUCUCCUGCCCUUCAGACUUUUGGAAUUUGGCAGCGUUUCGUUGUAUCCAAUCAUGCUCUUGGGGUCGCGCACACCUAGGGACUAUGCUGAGUUGGUACAGCCGCCCAUCUUUAAGUAUGGGUUCUACCUGCCCUCUGCAAUCCUAAUCUGGAUUUUGUGUUUUGUAUACAGUAUCUUGCCAUCCGGGUACAUGGUGGUCACAUUUGGACUAGUAUACUUCGUCUUUGGCUAUUUUACGUACAAAUACCAACUGCUCUAUGCCAUGGAUCAUCCACAGCAUGCAACUGGAAAAGCAUGGCCAAUGAUCUGCUACCGUUUACUCGUUGGUCUUGGCGUAUUCCAGCUCGUAAUGGCUGGGUUGAUUGCUUUGAACUCCGCCUUCACAGCAGCUGCCCUAGUGGUUCCCUUGAUACCUUUCACGAUAUGGUACAGUUACUACUUUGGAAGUACAUACGAACCACUGACCAAAUUUAUUGCUCUCCGAAGUAUACGGCGAGACGAUGACGUUGAUGUCAACAUCGCUGAUGAGAAUGUUGGAAUUGACCAUCCUCCUGGGCGCAUGCGCCGAAGAAGUUUGACUCUUGACGAGGACCGAGAGAAAGGAUUAAAGUUUGUCAACCCAAGUUUGACGGUCCCUCUCGAAAAACUGUGGAUCAACAAGGCAGACGACGCCAAUAAUGGCGAUCCCACUCCUCUGGAUCAGCAAGAAAGCACUUCAAGUUCCGGUUCGCAGUCCCGAAGCCCUCGUCUUUAUUAUUUCCUUAUGACGGUCGUUUCCUAUCACUCUACACUCAUUAGCCACAUAGCCUCCUCUUCGGGGGCUGUCGACAACACGUCUUCUCAAAUCCUCCUCUCCAGAGGUGUUGCAGAUCCCGAUUCUGUACCUAUAUCUUCAACCAAUAUCAAUUCUCCCGCUAUCGUUACCUCAGUCUUCGAAUCCCCGACGACUCACGUUAUGACUGUCAGCGAUGCUGCAUCUCGGCCAGAACCUACCAUGCAAUGGCCUGAUAUCAAUGCGCAGUGCGAUGAAGUAGAUUCUACGGUAGAUGUCCAUGAAAGCCUACCACCAAUCGCUACAAAGCCACUGCCACGCCAGAAUACCUUUCUCGAAUUGACUCCUCCCGCCGAGUCGACUUCGAAGACGAAACCCCCUCCCUCAGCACAAACGAGCGCCGCGGUCCAAGUGACUGAAGUAGACAAAAAGCCCGAACCCGAACGCGGGAGAACUUUGGAAAGAAGUCCUCGGAUAUCAGAUCCUCUCGCUCGUGCGGAUUCGAGAAUAAGACUCAGCAACGCGACGCUUGAUGUUGAUACGCAUGCUAUCAAACGACGAGUCAGUCGAAGUAGCACCUUUCACGAUGAUCCAACCGCUCCGUCAGCAAUUAUGGACGAUGAUCUGCUAGAACCUUGUCCUCAUGAACCACUUUGCCAAACUCUUUCAGAGGUUUUGAACUCGCCAAUCAGCUCUGCUAGUUUUUCUGGCAGCGUAUCGCGCAGCAACUCGGAUUUUGUUAGCCGGCAAGCUUCUCUUGUUCCUCCAUUUACCCUUUUCUCUACUUUCAGCGAUCACAGUACCUCUUCGCCCCCAGAACCGAUCAAAAAGCCAGACAAUGAAACCGAUGAGGAUGAAUUGUCAGAUUCCGACGAACAGGCGGACGACAACGUACCAUAUGAUCAUGAUCCAGCGCAUGAUGAAUACGGCCAUGAAACUCAAAAGACACCAGCGCCACCGCAGUCAAUUGCAGUUUCACUGCCCACUGAGAUCCUCCAACAGCUAUACUACAACUUAUCGCCAGCCGACUUCCACACAGCCCGGCAUACUUGCAGAACAUGGCUUAUGGCUAGCUUGGAACGAUCACUGCUAGAGACAAUGAUUAGACGGGGAGGUUUCUCUAGCAGCAUACUUCAAGAGAUAACAGCCAACCACGUUCUUGAUAGUAACACUAAAACCAACGACGAAUGGCUCAUCAGUAAACGACUUUCAAGGGAAUGUGCGCUUGGCCCUGCAUGGACUGGCAAUGGAUUGACCACCGAUGAAGACCCAACGAACGCGUCUAGCAACGCCACUUUUACUGAAAUUUCAAUGAUUGAUUUUACCGAAGUUGCAUUACACUACCAAGGAACGGAUUCUGUUGGCACAGUCUUUACCGUAAGCAACUGCGGCCGAUUUCUCAUGGCAGCCAACGGCUGUUUGGUCUACAUAUACGAGCUGAAUCGCUCAGCUUCCCGUAGCGACACGCCGAAUAAUGUCAGUCCCGGAAGCCUGCGACCGGUCACAGGUAUUAUUUGUCCGCACCGAGUUCUAGCUUGCAGCAUGGAUACAUCUUCGAGGAGAUAUGCCAUAGCCAUUCUUCUGGAAGGUCGAAUGGGAUUGGUAUGCGACAUCACUACAUUGAACCGCCAGCAAGCAGGAGCUUCGCAACCUAACGCAGAGCGAAUUGGGCACUCAGAGAGCUCUAAACCGCAUGGGAAGGAAUCUUUGUUGGCAGACGGUCCUAAGGGUACUUCGUUUCUGGAUCGCAUAUCACUCAAUAGUUCCGCAUCGAUUUUCAAUGGCGGCAUACCAUCCACGGAGCCACCGUUUGUUUUCCCUGGAAUAGCGACAUCGGGCACAAGCUUUGCUCCGGCUAACGACUCUGAGUGGCUGGAUGUUUUUCAAGGUGAUAUGCCUAGUUCCUCACAAACUGCUGGCCCGAGUUCUCGCCAUCCUUCGCUUCCUCGAGCAGGAAAGCUCCGCCAAAAUAGUAGAUUGAAAAGCAUUUUACCACCUCACAGAGAGCUCAAUUUAGGUGAAACGGGUAUGCCAAUUGAGACUGGUCCUCGCUCACUUUACCGAAAUCUUUGCUCUGAUGAUGAUCCGCCUCGCUCGGUAGCGAUAUGUCCUCAGCGACGUUGUGUCGCGUUUGGUUGUUCGUCUGGGAUAGAACUCCAUUGGGUUGAUGCAUUGACAGGACAGGAUUUGAAUAGAUGGUUCCCUCUCACAGCUCCUAGUGACUACCUGUAUUUCCUGCCACCAAGACGAAGCGUCGAUUCUGCCAAAAAGCUACGACUUAUCAGCAGUGCAGCUCGGCCUAGCGAGCAACCUGCUUUAGCCGAACGUGCUUUUGGUAGACGAAAUCGAAACAGCAUCUUGUGGGAGAAACUUGGUAGAGCUACUAGUGUUGGUGGGAAUAGUCAAAGUGCCUGGAAUCGACAGCCUUUUGCGACGAGAAUUUCUGGCAAUGCUUCAGCCGGUCGAGCUGGGUUUGGGAGGACUGAGCUUUCGGAUCAUUAUCGUGCCAUGCCACUCAGUGAUGGUUACCACAUACUGUUCACAGACCCUGUGACUGGACUACUAUGUCUGGGGAGUGAUGCACCUGUCGGUGGGCCAACCAAAUUGUUGCGCAAAAUAUGGUUCAAUGGACCUGAAAAUAUGGGUAGUCCUCUUGUCUAUACAAGUGGCUCAGAUUUGAAGUGGGGUGUCAGAGUCGUUGCUGUCUUUGGCUCGGAGCAACAGCAAAGUGUAUGGUUGUUUUCAGUCCCCGCCGACAUAUUCACUGCGGAAAACCAUGCCAAUCAAUCUGGCCGACCACUAUGUACACCUCCAGACACAUCAAAGGAUGUUCAGAACUGGGACUGGUUGGACUGGUGGCCGCAAAAUGGCGCUCAAGAGUGGAAUAACAACACUCAGGAUCCUGACCCUGAUCUCCUUGCAAGAAGUACCUGGCCAGUUAAGAUCACCGGACAGGAAGUUGGGAAGUGUCAAGGUGUUACUGAUCUUGCCAUUGAUGCUGGUCCAGAUAUGACGAUCUGGGCGUUUAGCAAGUCUGGUAUCACGAAGGUCUGGAGAAUCAAUGAUGGGCGGAAUCUAGAGCCCAGGAUCAGAUUAGUGGUUCGAGAUGGCACGAUCCGAAAUGUCGACGCUGACGGCGAUGUUGAGAUGCUUAACGCGACUCCAUUGCCUGAUAGUGUAGAAUCAACCUCACCACUUCCGGAGACAUUUGACGGCACAUCUUGCUCUGAUACGCUUCACUUUCCGUCAGUUAAGGCUAAGCGCGAUCGGAUAGAAUGGAGUCAAUGCAGUAUCAAUCAAGAUUCUCUAGGUGAUGUUCUCAUGGAGGAUCUGCAAUUUCCGAAUAGUCUUGAUGAUGAGAUUUCUGAUGGGUCGUUUGAGGAUGUAGUGACUGGGUCGGGUGUUCGGGGCAGGGUUUGGUAUGAGUCGGAGGGGGGUGGGGAGAGACUUCGUGGAGGAAUUGACGGGCAUUGCGAGGAUUGA